AUGCGUACAUUCAUUCUUAUCGCCACCCUCGCCACGGCAACCGUUCAUACCGUCCAUGCCAUGCCUAGCUCCAGCCUCACGAUACGCAGUACCUUCGAUGACACUCCAGACUUCACGCACGCAUCGCAUCCUUCCCACUAUCGCACCAAACUUUACCAGGGAAAGAAGCUCAUCGGAGGUGAACGGCGGAUGGUUCUUGAUCAGGCUGCGCCAGGAUCCAUCCAUCUAGCUGAGCCGGGUGAGGAGCAAGAGGCGCCGAUCAUUAGACGGAGGAAGAUGAACAAACGAGGAGUGCUUAGAGAGAGGACGAUCAAGAACGCAGACUACGGUUCUGGAAGUGCUCCUGCAGGAGAGGCAGCGGCAAGCGCACACACCCAAGCUGAACCUACUCCCAAUGCAACGACCACGCCCGCAGCCGCUCCUGGUCCCGAAACGCCUGAUGAUGCAGGACCUGCUCCAGCUGCACACGCCUGA